AGGAAAUUUGCUAAAAUUUGUGCUGAGCGAGCCAGGGAAGGAAGUUCUCUGGACUGGGGAAUUUCGAUGCGGGUCCGGAAUGGCGGGAAGGGUACUGUUCUCUAGGGAAUGCAGCUCCGUAUAGCUGAAAGAAGUUUUACGUUUGUCGGCAAGAGUUGAGGCUUAACAAAACAAAGGAAAUACAAAUUCUAAUGUGGAUCCAAACUGAACGCACACUCCCCAGUCUCCCUCGUAUUCCCUUCGCAUCAUGGAUACCUGGCCUUCCUAAAACUUAAAUGGAUACUUUGCCAACAACACGAAACGGAGAUCCCUGGUGUACACCGGUCGAGUGCAGAGUUGUUUAGGGUCGUAGACAGUUAAUGGCUUCUACAUGUGGAUGUAGGAGUUGGUUUGUAGCUUAUAUGGAAUAUUCUCUCUCCAUGAUGCAAGGGGAGUCAAACCCUAGUGCUUCCCUUAUUGACAGAACCAUCAAGAUGAGAAAAGAAACAGAAGCCAGGAAAGUGGUCUUAGCCUGGGGACUCCUAAAUGUAUCUAUGGCUGGAAUGAUAUAUACUGAAAUGACUGGGAAAUUGAUUAGUUCAUAUUAUAAUGUGACAUACUGGCCCCUCUGGUAUAUUGAGCUUGCCCUUGCAUCUGUCUUCAGCCUGAAUGCCUUAUUUGAUUUUUGGAGAUAUUUCAAAUAUACUGUGGCACCAACAAGUCUCAUUGUUAGCCCUGGACAGCAAACUCUUUUAGGGUUGAAAACAGCUGUUGUACAGACUACUCCUCCACAUGAUCUGACAGCAACCCAAAUCCCUCCCUCUCCACCUUCUCCUUCAAUUCAAGGUCAAAGUGUAUUGAGUUAUAGUCCAUCUCGUUCACCUAGUACCAGCCCCAAGUUCACCACCAGCUGUAUGACUGGAUAUAGCCCUCAACUGCAAGGUCUGUCAUCAGGUGGCAGUGGUUCUUAUAGCCCUGGAGUGACCUAUUCACCCAUCAGUACUUACAAUAAGUUGGCAAACUAUAGUCCCUCUCCUUCAUCUUCAUAUCCUACCACUGUUGGACCAGUGGAGAGCAGUGGAUUGAGAUCACGCUACCGUUCUUCACCCACUGUCUAUAACUCACCCACUGACAAAGAAGACUACAUGACAGACCUACGAACUUUGGACACUUUUCUUAGAAAUGAAGAAGAGAAACAGCAUAGAGUUAAGCUGGGGAGCCCGGAUUCUGCCUCUCCUUCCAUCAGUCCUACUUUUUGGAACUACAGUCGUUCUGUGGGGGAUUAUGCACAAACAUUAAAGAAGUUUCAAUAUCAACUUGCCUGUAGGUCUCAGGCCCCAUGUGCUAACAAAGAUGAAGCUGAUCUCAGUUCUAAACAAGCUGCAGAAGAGGUUUGGGCAAGAGUGACCAUGAAUAGACAACUUCUUGAUCAUAUGGAUUCAUGGACAGCUAAGUUCAGAAAUUGGAUUAAUGAGACAAUAUUAGUGCCGCUUGUACAAGAGAUUGAAUCUGUCAGCACACAGAUGAGAAGAAUGGGUUGUCCGGAACUACAAAUAGGAGAAGCUAGUAUUACUAGCUUGAAACAAGCUGCUCUGGUCAAAGCUCCUCUCAUUCCAUCUCUGAAUACAAUUGUGCAAUAUCUAGACCUUACACCAAAUCAGGAAUACUUGUUUGAAAGAAUCAAAGAACUCUCUCAGGGUGGCUGUAUGAGUUCGUUUCGAUGGAAUAGAGGUAGAGACUUUAAAGGACGCAAGUGGGAUACAGACCUGCCCACAGAUUCUGCUAUCAUCAUGCAUGUAUUUUGCACCUACCUUGAUUCCAGAUUGCCUCCACAUCCUAAGUACCCUGACGGAAAAACAUUUACUUCUCAGCACUUUGUUCAGACACCAAAUAAACCAGAUGUUACAAAUGAGAAUGUUUUUUGCAUUUAUCAGAGUGCUAUCAACCCUCCCCAUUAUGAGCUCAUCUACCAGUGCCAUGUCUACAAUCUUCCAAAGGGCAGAAAUAAUAUGUUUCAUACAUUGUUAAUGUUCCUGUAUAUCAUAAAGACCAAAGAGUCUGGAAUGCUUGGGAGAGUUAAUCUUGGUCUGUCUGGCGUGAAUAUUUUGUGGAUUUUCGGCGAGUGAUCUUUUAAUUCCAAACAGUUGGACUUCAAUUUGAACCAGAAAUUGAAUCUAAGCAUCUUAGUCACUGCCUCUUCUGAAUUAGAUACAUGUGUGUAUUUACAAACUCUUUAGAUUUAAUGAAAAAUUAGCUAUUUGAAACUUCCUUGUGAAAACAUGUCUGAUAUCUUCUUCACCAAGAGAUAAUACCUUCAAUUUUAUCUCACAUUUCAGAUGUUUUAGUUGUCAGAAAAACUUGCAACCCUUCAGAUUUUUGAUCAAAAAUGGUGCUUUUCUCUCUCCUUUUUCAUUGUAAUCUCCAAAUCAGAGUCAUCCACCAGAUUCUUCCACCACAAGAUUUUUUUUUCAGUUGUGUUGUUUAGAAUAAAUACUUAAAAAGAUACAAGCAAAUUACUAAUAUAAUAUUUUUAUCUCUAUAUUUUUCCAGUGUUCUGCAAGGCAGCCCAAGGCCCAUAUUCAAAGAAAUGAGGUUAACUUCUAAGUAAUUUAUUAGCCCAUGUGUGUUUUUAAAUAUUAAAAGAAGUUUGACCCUUAUAACUGGCUCGACCGACCUCUUUAAUUGCAUGGUCAACUUCUCUGCAAAUGCAGUACCCGCCCAGUGUGAGAGAGCCGUUAUGAUCUCUGCUGAUUUCUGCUCUCUGUAGGUAAACCCUGAAUAAAAGUUCAUGUCUCAGAAAAAAAAAAAAGAAGUUUGACAGUAUUGGUACUUAAAAAGUCAAUUCUUGGGUUAAAUUUACUUGGUAUAAGUAAACUG